AUGGAAGAAACGAACAUUAUUGCAUUACCUUUAAUACCUCCAACUGAAAUUGAUAAUUCUAUGGAAAAAAUUAUUGACGAGUUAUGUAAUUAUGAUUCAAAAUUAGAUAAAUUAACUGAUUAUGUUAUUAAAAAUGAUGUAGAAGAUGCUCGAUUUGCUGUUCAAAUGUGGAAUCAUUUUAAUAAUAUUGGUAUUAGACCACGUACAAAUAAUCAUCUCGAAGGUUAUCAUCGACAAUUAAAUCCCAGAGUUAGAACAGAUCCUGAUCUUCGGGCAUGGAUUAAUGAAACUAGAUCAUCGGAAAAAUCCGUUAUGUGCCAUUAUGAGCAGGAACAAGCGCAAAAACAAACAACAAGACGAAGAAAAGGAAGAUUUAUACAAGAUGAUAAUAAACUCAUAUCAACUCACAAUAUAUUAAACCAUAUACUUUAUGAUCGUUCAUAA